CCAGUCCCGCGCUGGGAGGCCCCGGGGCGCCGAGCGCAUGCGCGGGGCCAGCGGCGGGAAACUGCACGAAGGGCGGCAGCGCGUGCGGCUCGGCGGGUUUGCGGCGGUGCGUGGAGGAGCAGUCAUGAAUUCCGUCAUGGGUGUUUGCGUGGAUGAAGGCAUGGAGUACAGCAAAGUUGAAGAUGUUGUGGGCUGCCAUGUUGAAGAUGCCAUAACGUUUUGGGCACAGGAUAUCGGUAGCUAUAACGACCUCUUGAAAUUAAGUUAUGCUCUGGCAGAAGCUUGUCCUCGGGCUAAUGCAGCAUUUGGCAAGCUUGAUUUUAAUAAGAUUUAUGGUGGCUGUUUUUCUGAAGAUAGAUGUUGGUACAGAUGUAUGGUGCAGCAUGUGAUCAACAAUGAAAAGUGCCAGGUAUUAUACAUUGACUAUGGAAAUUCUGAGAUUAUAAAUAGAUCAGAAAUAGUUGAAAUUCCUGAAAACUUGCAAUAUCCAAGUGUUGCCAAGAAGUACAGACUCUGGGGACUGCGGGUACCAGCUGAGCAGAACUUAAACAUGUUUGACCAGGGGAAGAAGUUCUUGGGCAGCCUAGUUUUUGAAAAAGCAAUAAAAAUACGACAGAAGGCCAAGCAGAAGGAUGAUAUCAUUAUUGUCCAGGCAGAAUGUGAAAAAGUAGACAUUGGAGAAGAGGUGGCCAAGGCGGGAUUUGCUGAAAAGUACAGAUCUCCAGGGAACUCUGAAGAUGUGGAAAAGAGAGAAAAUGCCAUGCAAAACCAGCAUAAGAUGAUGAAAGCUCCUGCUCUGCUGUGGGUGAACAGGCCUGGUCAUGUGCCGUGCAACCAUCCUAGAGCACCCCGUGACCCUGUAGCUGCCACUGCGAGGAAUGGAAACCGUACGUUUCCUACAAAGGAAAAAAUGCUAGGUUCUGCCCCAGGGCUUAACAGAAAUUUGGCACGCGUAAGAGAUCAGAACCUGGCUGAAGAGAAUGACAUCUUUCAAGCGGAGAAAGAAGCUCUCACAAAGGAGAAUGUAAAUCUAUUGAGAAGACAGAAGGAGCUAGAACUGGAAGUCGAGCGUCUGAAAGGUGAACUUCAGGAAGCAUCUAGGAAAACAGCUGAACAUCUCGAGGAAACCUUGCAUAAUUACAUCGGAACAAAAAUGAGAAAUCUGGCUGCUAACAUGGAGGUGUUGAAAGAAAUUAGGCAUGCAAGAAAAAACGCUGGUGUUGGGGAGCAGCUUUCACAAGCCAUAAAACUGGUUACAGAAGGAAAUAUCACUGUUCCGUGUUCCUUGGAAAAAUUGCAGAAGCUUUGGACAGAGUAUGACUUGGCUCAGGAGAUGAUUCAGUUAUGCAAAAACGUGGAUGAAAGAGAUGAGUUGAUUGUAAAGAGAAAUGGAGUGCAGCAAAACUUGUAUUCUGCAGUUAAAGAAUUUAUUUCGGAAGUGGAUCAACUGUUCAUCUGUGAGCGCUCAAAUGUAUUACAGGGUCUCUCUGUUUCUCUGGAGAUGACUUAUGGUCAAGUUUGUGAAGUGAAUGACUCGGAAGAGGUGUUUCAACAGUUCUUUAAGUGGAAGCAUGCUAAAAUGGAGGAGUUUAUUUGCAUUAGGAAUAAUACAGAUGCUGCUUUGCAAAUUCUCGCUGACUUGUUCACUGGCAUCCUAAAGUGUUUUGACCUGACGUCAGAAGCAUCUUCUGAUUUAGAGAAAGUUCCUGGUAAUGUGGAUGAAGCUCUCAAAGAAGUUGAGCAGAGUAUUUGCAAAGAGUUGAAGACAGACUUAACAGAGCACGAUGAGAAGGAGAAGGGAAUAAUUAGGAGUGCAUACAGUAAGGUUAUGCAUAAAGUUCAUCAAGAGCAAAAUCUGAUCACAGUCAUACAAAAAACAUAUUUGGCCAGUGUUGAGUUCAAAGAACAAGCUGAGAAAUGGCUGAAUAGCAGACCUAAUAUUGACAACUUAUUAUCAAUUAAAAAAAAAGUGAAAGGUUUGAAGGCCCAGUUAAGAUGGAAGUUGACUGAGAAGAACAACCUUGAGGAAUCUGAUGAUUACAGUGAGCUUGAAAUUACAAGAACAAAAGAGGAAAUCACUGCUCUGCGAAAUAAGCUGCUUCAGGAAGUACAUAAGGAACGAGAAGAGUAUGAGAAACUUGCAUAUUUGGUACAGAAAUGGUUCCCUGAGCUGCCCCUUCUUUAUCCAGAAGCAGGAAUUCUAAGCUAUAUGAAUUCAGGUGGACUUCUGUCGCACAGCCUGGAGCGAGACCUUUUAGAUGCUGAGCCCAUGAAGAAACUGAGCACAAAGCGGCCAUUAGUGUGUUCAGAAAUUCAGGAUCAGAAGGUUCUUCUAAAGGGAUACUCUGUAGAUGUGAGCUCAGAAGCCAAAGUGAUAGAGAGAGCUGCCAAGUAUCACAGAGCCUGGAAUCAGCAGAAGGAGAAAUCCAGUUUAUUGCAACUGUUGUUUCUUCUUUUCUGCAAGUCUGAUCCACUGGUGUAUUUAAUGGUCCCAUACUACCCUGGAGCAAGUCUGACUGCUUUACAGGCUGAUGCACCUUUAACAUUAGAAGAGACAUUAAAAGUGAUGAAAGGAGUGGCCCACGGUCUGCAAACGCUGCAUGGAGCUAAUAUAGUACAUGGAUCUCUGCAUGGAAAUAACAUUUUUGCUGUGAAUCGAAAACAAGGAAUUGUUGGAGACUUUGACUUCACUAAAUCAGAGGAGCAACGUGCUGCUGCAGACACAAUGGUUAUUGGUACUCUGAGCUUGGUUUCUCCUGAACUGAAGAUAGGACAGCCGGCUUCUCCAGCCUCUGACAUGUAUGCCUAUGGCUGCCUUCUGUUCUGGCUCUGCGUUCAAAACCAGGAAUUUGGCAUAAAAGAAGAUGGAACACCUGAGGUGGAUGCAGUUGGCAUGGAUGAUAAAGUUAAAUCUCUUGUCGUGAAUUUGUUCUGCGGUAACAGACUGACAGCUGAGCAGGUGUUGAGGGAUGAGUGCUUCCUCUUAGUUGAUGCCAUUGCAGUUCCUUCACAAGCAGGUGAAGAGCAUGAGCCGCGUGAGGAACGUGAUUCUGAGAAGGCAGAUGAAGAGGAAGAUGCAGUUAACUCUGAGAAGAAUGCAGUAAACCCUGUUCAAUAGAUAAAGAACUUGUCCAUCAAGUGUUUGACACUUCUGUUUUUGUUUUUGACAUCAGUUGUCCUGAUUUAAAAUGUCAAAAUAUAAAAGGUUUGUUAGGUGCAGUCUUGUUUUGUGAGGUUUAUAUAAUCACUCAGUUUUAAGUACAUAUUCUGUGUAAGAGUUCAGAAAUAUGUGAUUUUUCCUUAAUCUGUUAGCCUUCUCUUUGUCUGUUAUGUAGCCUUUGAGUUUUCAAAGCACAGUUUGUUAAUGCCAGAAUUGUUUAAGAUUAAGCUCUAGUGACUUACUUCUGUAUCCAGUUUUAUAUCCCUCUUCUUGCUGCAAUUCCAGAAUAUGUGUUCCUGCUAGACAUGCUCUAGGUUGUUAGCUUUUUAGUUAAGCUUUUUGUUACUGCAGCCAACGUAUUUCCUACUGCAACUGUCUUCAAGAUUUAAGAAAAAAAAAAACUGGCAACUGGUCGUGAAAUUAGAAAGCCGGCUGCCUCUUUUCUCUUUCUGCACUUACAAGAUUUCUAAAUAGCAGACGUUUCAGUUGCUUUUUCAGUGUUGCUGUGCUAAGCAGAAUACUGUGCACAUGUAUGUUGCAGAAAUCACUGCUUAUCUGUUCUGCAUGUGUAUAUAAUCUGUUCUUAAACAUUGUUAACUAUGGUUUCCAUUUUGAGCAUGUUUACUUGCCUGCAGUGCUUUCCUCUUAGCAUUACCUUUGAAAGAGUUUUGUUAGCUCUUGAUAGGAAAACUGUUGCUUAUCUUUAGUUUUCCUUCUUUCUUGGGAGGGGGGAAAGGUUAAUGUUCAGAGUUUCUGUAGCAAUAGAUUUAGCCUCUGGGUGUUGCUCUUGGACAGUGCUGUUGGCAGACUAGCAUUUUGUAGUGUUUUGCAGAGGAAUUAUUGAAGAUGCGUGCUGUCAGAUGAAGAAUGUAAAAAUUUGGUGUGUAAUGGGCAAGAUGCAGCAGCACGGAAACCGGGAAGCCCUUAGGUACAAUACUAGUCAACAGCAGAAUAUAUCUCUUUGGCAGUUCCUUCUCUGAUAACAGGCUGGCUUUCCUAUAUCACCGUUCUUUACUCAAAGUAGCAUGUAAAAUGUCUGGUCCUAUUUUCAUUGAAUUGUAUUGAUUUUUGAUUUCUAUUGUGUAUAUAAUACAUGUUAUUAAAAUGCUUGUUAAAAUAAUUUGGACAUUUUGGGUAGUGUGAUUAAUGUAUUUCUAUUACUGAAAUCACAGAAGACUAAUGUCUUCCUUUUUGUCAGUGAAAACAACUGUGAGCAGUUCUGUGGGAUACUCUCCAAUUGCUGAUUGAAGCCUUUUGCUGUUGAUAAAGGCAACUUUAAUGUUCAACACUGAACAGAGAUUGUAACUCUAACCUGAUGUUCUGUCAUGUAAUAAACUUUUGCCCUAUUUUCUGCACCAGUU